UGUAUGAAGGUUGUACUUAACUAGCUAGCUCUCAGUUUCGCUCGCCAAAGCAAUAUGAAUAUGAAACACUCGUACAUCUAAUGUAUUCGUUUUCUGUGAAUCAGAUAUAAAUUAUAGUUGCACUGUGUCUGUAAUUUUGCCUAUUUUAUUAUUAAAUUAUAAUUAAUUUUACGAAACGACAGACGUACCACUGGGGCAUUUUUACUAAUUUGGAUAGAUUAUUCAAUGAUUAUAUUUAAAUUUGUCUGUAGUCUUCGAAAUGGUAAUCUGGCUAAGUACCAAGUCGAUGUGACAGAAGACGUUACGUUACGUUAGUCAUGGGACAGCGCAUUUAAAUAACUGGCUAACGUUAGCUUGAUUGUAUUUAUUUACUUGGUGGUUCUUUGAUCUUUCACAUUGGGAAAAUGAAUUCAGUCCCCGCCCUGAGAGUAGAGCGACGUCUUGCACAAAGAUACAGGGAACAUUUGGAGGCGCAAGGCGUUUGGCAACCUAGGUACCGUGUGCAGAGGUGUUCUGAUGGCAUGGUCGCCUUGCCCUUAGUGCCAAACUGCUUACCAGAGCUUGAUCUGCGCACUCUCCAGUUGACCGUGAGCCCCGGGAGUCCCAUCUCCCUUGUUUAUAUCCAGACCCCAACCCUCUCCAAGAGGGAGAGAGUGAUGUCGGAAAAUGACAAGCUGGUGAAGACCUUGCGGGAGCUGCUGGUGUCACGCGGGGAGAGAUGGAGUGAAGAGUUACGGGAGGAUAUUCCCCACAGCUGGCAGCGUCAUGGAGACUUGGUCCUAGUUGGGGAGGGCUGCUUCUCACGGCUUGUCUGGGAGAGCAUGGGCACGGAGCUGUGGCAAGCAGUUGCUCGUGGACUGGGGUGUAGCAGGCUGGCACAAAUCGGCAGGGUCUCCAGUGAUGAAUUCAGGACCCCUGUGGUCACAAUGUUAUUGGGAGAGGACAGCAUUGUAACGCACGUGGACAACAGGAUCAGGUACGAGUUUGAUGUGACCAAGUGCAUGUUCUCCAGUGGAAACAUCACAGAGAAGCUUAGGAUCGCCUCGUUCGAUUGUACCGGGGAGACUGUAGUGGACUUGUAUGCUGGCAUCGGCUACUUCACCCUCCCGUACUUGGUACACGCAGGGGCCGCCCACGUCCACGCCUGUGAAUGGAGCCCCCAUGCGCUGAGCGCCCUAAAACGAAACCUGGAGCUGAACGGGGUGUCUGAACGCUGCACGGUGCAUGAGGGCGACAGCAGACGGCUCCCUCUGUGCGACCUGGCCGACCGGGUGAAUUUGGGCCUGAUCCCCAGCUCCAGGGAGGGCUGGCCCGUGGCGUGCCGGCUCCUGAAGCAGAACACCGGCGGCGUCCUGCACCUUCACCAGAACGUGUCCUCGUCUGGCCCCCCCGCGGGUCCUACUCCUUUCGCCCCGCUCACAGGUCGCCCAGGAGGGGAGCCGGGGGCAGGCGCGGGGUCAGCGCCCCCCCAGGGGACUGGUGACACACAGAGGGACGUGUGGAAGGGGUGGGCUGAGGACACGGCUGCCGUCAUCGCCCGUGUGCUGUCUGACAUCUCUGGGAGACCCUGGAGGACCAGCGUCCAGCACGUAGAGCAUGUGAAAUCAUACGCACCUCACAUCCAUCACUUGGUCCUGGACUUGGAGUGCAGACCCCUCUGAGGUGUACGUGCCCGCCAGUGCACACAGAAAGCACUAGAAACUAAGUUUGUGUGUUUCAAAGGUCCCAAAAAAGUGAUCCCAAAUCCCUUCUAACUUCUAAGAGGUUUCUAAGAAGGCGUGGGCUGUAGCCAGCUGUUGGGCCCUUGAGAAAGGCCUUUGAACCGGCAUUGCUCCAGGGGGGAUUGUCUCCUGCUUAGUCUAAUCAACUGUAAGUUACUUUGGUAAAAAAAAAAAGCAUCAGCUAAAUACCAUUUGAAAAAAGAAGUGAAACACUAAUUGAGGGACUAGCUGUUGUUCCAAGUUAAAUAUUAACGAAAUACCUUGUGAUAACAUUGUUAAUGUCUUCUGGUUACUGGUUGCCUGCAACCAUUUAAUAUAGUCAAUUGUGCCCUGGGAUUUUUUUCUUCAGUUCAAAUUGAUUGAGUUGAGGCAAUGUAAUGGGUAAACAACUUAUCGUGCAUUAACUUUGGGUAGGCUUUGGGUAAUCUUUUUUACUGGCAGCCAAUGUGACGUUCUGCUGUAUAGUAAAAUGAA